AUGUCAGCACCACCGCCACCACCACCUCCUCCUCCUCCUUCGGCCUCCUUACCCCCUCCUGUCUUGGGUGGGGUCGGUGGUGGACCACCUGCCUUUCUCGCUGACAUCAGAAAGGGUAGUCAACUCAAGAAGGUCCCCGAUUCCUUGAAAAAUGAUCGAAGUGCCGCCCUCGUUUCCGGGGGUGCAACUAAAUCAGCCGGUGGUGGCGGAAGUAGUAGCGCAGUCGGUGGAGGCGGUCGACCAAUGGGUGGCGGAGGCUCAGCUGUGCCUUCAAAUGCUGACAUCAAGGCCAGACUCAAUGCUAUGUUUGGAGGAGCUGCUACCCCUGCUCCUGCUCCUCGAGUACGUACUUAUCCCCCUAUGUCUGUCCUCUUGCAAAAUUAUUAUUAUUAUUUCAAAUGGCAGGCUUUGUGA